AAAGAACAUGCUAUCAUUUAUAUGUCAGGCUUUGUCGAACGAAAAUUAUUAAAAAAGAUUACUUGCGAAACAUGCCUUUAUCUUUUUAACGAAUGUACAGUUAUGAAGUCUACAUUCAUAGAAAGAAAAAGUUGUGGAUAUUUACAUUAUCCACGAGAAGAUACAUAUAAACUCAUUGUUGCCGCUGAUAAAGUUUUUAAUUUUUAUAAAUUACAGAAUAAUUUGUAUAAGAAAAAUGCAUGCCAAGAAAUAAUUAUAAAAACAAUACGUAAUAUUGAUAUGGAUAAGAUUCUUAUGAAUUAUGAAGGGAAAUUAAUGAGCCAAAAUAUUGAGUACAUCAGACAUCAGUUUACAAAAAUUAUUUUAUUCAAAGGAAUGAAAAGUGCGAUGAUAGUUCUAAUAAUGGCCGUGUUUGGUACUGGCGGCGCUGCAGAUGUUUAUAGAUGCCCAAAGUCAUUGCUAGCAGUCCAUAGUUAUAUAGUCAAAGGAAGAAAGCGUGAACAGUAA